CUGGGUUGAACUCAGGUCUAGAUAGACAUACAAUUAUACAUAUACAGGCGGACUCGUCCUGUCUUCCAUCUUUCUCCGGUCUUGGCUCAAGUAGUCAAUUGUUGAGAAUCGCUUUUUCAAAGCAUGGCAGCCUACGCAAGACCCGAGUCCGCCCUUUCCAACAACGAUGGAGACGGCUUCAGAUACGUCGAGUCUCACUCCACCCAAGACCAACUCUCCUUUGACGCCGACCUCUCCAAAGUAACCGUCAACGAUGUGUCCAAGCUAAUGCCGCAGGCCGCCGAGAGCGCGCUCGGCACUUCCCGCGACUACCCGCUCUCAGGACCGCGCAAAGUCGGGUGGGCGGCAGAUAUUGUAGAAGGGAGGAAAGGGAUUGGAUCGAGACCGCCGUCGCGGGCAAAGACGGCUACCCCGACGGGCGCCGCACAGCGGAUAUUGUAUCCGGGGGAUAAGACGAGGCCGAGGGUGUUGGUGGAUAUGCUGCAGUAUUUGAAGACGGAGAUCAGGGAGUUGGGGGCGGAGAGUGCGGCGCCCGGGGAUCCCAGAAGGCUGCAAGUCUACGGCGAGGUGUUCGAACGCUUCAUCGAGGAGUUCACAACCUACCAGCCCUUACUGAGCAACGUCAAGCUCGAAUACGACAUGGCUCUCCAACGACAACAGUCUCUUGCGGACAAGGUGCAGCCGCUGGAAAGCCAGUUGGCUGUGCAGCAGUACAUGGCUACGCGCGAGCUUGAGGCGGCAAGGGCGGAAGGGCAGCGGCAACUUGAGGCGCAAUUGCAAGCGAACCACGAUCUGCAUCGCAAAUGCGUAUUCCUCGACUCACAACUCGAAAGCCUGCGACAUCAGCACGACAAACUCAGUGAGGAGGAAUACAUAUCCAUUAAAAUCGCCGAGAUGCGCGAGGAGAUGCAGACUCUGGAUCGACAACGGCAGGAAGAGCUAAGGGUUAAGGAGACACGGUGUGCGGAACUGACCAGGGCUUUGAGAAAAGCACAGGAAGAUGGACAGAAAGCGACAAAAGCCCUAGAGGCGCUCCAAAUCACACAACUGGGUUCCGUCACGCAGGCCGUGCAUGGGGCUGUCAUCAAACAGCGUGACAAAGCGCUCGAAGACUGCGAUGCUGUCCGGUUGGAGUUGGGUCGCAAGGACAUCCAAAUGGGCGGCCUGCGAGAUGAGAUCACGAAGCUGCAGCAGACGCUGAAACGGAAGGAGGAGGACAAGUAUCCCGACUGGCAGUACAUCGAAUCAAUGUGUCCCGCCGGCAUCCGUCAGUACGAGCUUACCUGCAAGGACAAGGACUACAAUGAUUCGAUCAUACUUUUGAUACGGGAGAUACUUAGAUUGAAGUCGUCACAACCUGCAGCAAGGGUUGCGGAUUCCGGGCAGAUGGGAUUUACAGAGACGGAACCCCGCUUCUUCGUCGGACUCGGCCUAAACGCAUCCGUGCCCAAACACCUGCGGUACAAAGGCAAGAUCCGCAACCGCCAACUCUCCCGCAAAAACCUCUGCCUCCUCCUCCGCGACGUCUGGACCGCCAAAGCCGUGUACGAUGCCACCAACGCCGCCAAAUCAAAGCGUGGGGCCGUGCGGUCUACGCUGGCAGAUUUCCUGUACGCGUACCUAAAGAAACGGUUCGGAUCGCAAGAUAUCGUCGCCGAGUUUGGGUAUAACAUCCAUGAAGCGUGUAAGAAGCAUCGGUUCCAGAGUGUUGAGUGUUUGUUGUUCUACGAUAUCCUUACAGAACAACUGAACGAAGACGUGCACCACCACCAAACGCGGCAAAUGGAGCGGCUCAAGAACCACUUCUACCGCCACGACGUCGACCUGCACGAAGGCAAAGCGAGGGGUAUCGUGCCCAAGGAGAACGCUAUCGAGGGACUGAGGAGUUAUUGGCCGGAGAAGACGCAGAAGCAGCUGGAGCAGUUGCGGCACGCUAUGGACGCUGACCAGCCUGGGCCGAACCUGACGUAUCGGUGGUUGUUCCAGACGGAUUCUGAUUGCAUGUUUCUGGACAUCGUACAAGAGCAAGAGAUGGAAAUGCGCGAGAUCUACAUCGCGGGCCUAACGGUAAGGAAUCGAAGGAAAGGCCUUAAGGCGAAGUAAGGCGAAGAACAGACGUCGAAACUCGACCAUCUACCCUGCCUGUUCCCUCCCUACCGUUGCGCCGAUCCUCACCAACGACCUCCACUAACACCGC